GGCGGUCUGGGAGGACGCUACUUCAAUGAAAAGUGAGGGGGCAGUGGGCGGAACGAACGUGGCGACGACGGAGGCUGGACGUCGGGUCGGCGGGGACGCGCGUGCGCGCCCCCGCCGGAGUUGCCAAAACAAAGGGGAUUUGAUGAUGGAGGCUUUGUUGGAAGGAAUACAAAAUCGGGGACAUGAAGGGGGAUUUUUGACAUCCUGUGAAGCAGAACUACAAGAGCUCAUGAAACAGAUUGACAUAAUGGUGGCUCAUAAAAAAUCUGAAUGGGAAGGGUAGACACAUGCUCUCGAAACUUGCCUGGACAUCCGUGAACAAGAACUUAAGGCCCUUAGGGGUCAGUUGGAUAUGAAACACAAAGAGGUUGUAAUGUUGCAUCAACAGGUAGACGAACAUGAAAAAGUCAAACAAGAGAUGGCCAUGGACUAUAAGCAGGAGUUAAAGAAACUACAUGAAGAAUUAGGCAGACUGAAGAGAAGCUAUGAAAAACUACAGAAAAAGCAUAUAAGGGACUUCAGAGGAAAUGCCAAAAAUCACAGGGAAGAUCGGUCUGAAAUUGAGAGGUUAACUGGAAAAAUAGAGGAAUUUCGUCAGAAAUCACUGGACUGGGAGAAGCAACGCUUGAUUUAUCAGCAACAGGUGUCUUCUCUGGAGGCACAGAGGAAGGCUUUGGCUGAACAAUCAGAGAUAAUUCAGGCUCAGCUUGUCAAUCGGAAACAGAAAUUAGAGUCUGUGGAGCUGUCCAGCCAGUCGGAAAUUCAGCACCUGAGCAGUAAGCUGGAGCGGGCCAAUGACACUAUCUGUGCCAAUGAAUUGGAAAUAGAGCGCCUCACCAUGAGGGUCAAUGACUUGGUUGGAACCAAUAUGUCUGUUAUGCAAGAGCAGCGGCAAAAAGAAGAAAAAUUGAGGGAAUCUGAAAAACUAUUAGAGGUUUGUUUUAAAAUUACUACAGUUGGGGAAAUAUGUGUAUGCAUGUUUUUAAGAGAAACUAAUUAUUUCAGAGAAAAUUUCAUGCAUGAGGAAAGAAUGCAAAAGGAGAAGCUACAAGCAAAGUUAAAGCCAACUGACACUCAACACACAAUAGAGGCCCUAAGGUCACUGGAGGAGUCACAGGCAGGAAGGAGGUACACCUCGCAAGAGCAGGAGGACUUAGGCAACAUGCUAUCCCAGCUGGAUUUCACCCACAGUAGUGAAGAACUUCUGCAGGCAGAGGUGACUCGUUUGGAAGGCAGCUUGGAGUCUGUGAGUGCAACAUGUAAACAACUGAGCCAAGAACUAAUGGAAAAAUAUGAAGAAUUGAAGAAGAUGGAAGUACAUAACAAUGAGUACAGGGCAGAGAUUAAGAAGUUGAAAGAACAGAUUUUACAGGCUGAACAAAGUUACAGUUCUGCAUUAGAAGGAAUGAAGAUGGAAAUCUCACAGCUAACUCGGGAGUUACACCAGCGAGACAUCACUAUUGCUUCCACCAAAAGCUCGUCCUCUGACAUGGAAAAGCGACUCAAGGCAGAGAUACAAAAGGCAGAAGAAAAAGCCGUAGAACAUAAGGAGAUUUUGGAUCAGAUGGAGUCACUCAAGUUAGAAAAUCGUCAUCUCUCUGAAAUGGUGAUGAAAUUGGAAUUGGGUUUACACGAGGCAAAAGAGAUUUCACUAGCAGACCUCCAGGAGAAUUAUAUUGAGGCAUUAAAUAAAUUAGUGUCUGAAAAUCAACAACUACAGAAAGAUUUGAUGGAUACUAAAUCUAAGCUGGAAAUUUCUACUCAGAUGUGCAAAAAAAACCAUGACAGGCUCUUUAAACCGAUACACGGCAGAGCACCUGAGUUCAAGAAUACAGAAUUCAAGCCAACCCAUGGCCCGUACAGACAUGAUGGAAUAAAGACUGAGCACUACAAAACAGGUCUUCAUUCUCUGAGACGACAAGCGUUGGAUAGUAUAGAGCCCAUGUCCAGGGUCCUCAGCCCCCUGAGUUCUCAGAUCACCCCUUGCAGUUCCGUCUCUCUGCCUUCUAACUUUCUGUGCAAAACUAACUCUUUGCCUUCAGUGCUAGAUAUAAAUGAAGCCAAUUCUUCGGACACUGUCUCUGAGAGUAUAAAUGAUCAAGAAGAGUUUAUGUCUUCGUGUCCCUUGCCGGUAUCUCCUCUUGGUUCCAUAGCUACCAGAUUUUUGGAAGAGGAGGAGCUGAGGUCGCAUCAUAUUCUAGAGCGCCUGGAUGCCCAUAUUGAAGAACUCAAAAGAGAGAGUGAAAAGACAGUGAAACAAUUCACGACCCUAAAGUAGCCUCUUGAAAAAAAAAAUCACAAACUUGGAAAUGAAAAUAGACCCUGAAGCGUUCCUGUCACCUGGAAGUGGUGGCUCUUUAGAACACGAAGAUGCAAAAAAUGCCAAGAUGAGACAUCCUAACACUGUUGUGAAGAAAUCUGAAAAACGGAUACUUCUCUAAGGCAGUUUCACUGCACUGGUUUGUUUGAAGAACUUUUUCCAGCAAUAACUUGUAAGAAUAAACCACUUUGCUAGCCUUUUUUUUCCCUUACAUUAAUAUUUAUUAUAAAGUGAUAUUUUCUCUUGACUUAAAUGUGAAUAGCUAGAGACUAAUUAAAAUAAAGAUUUUAUGAUACAA